UUUCCACCUGCAUUUGACGCUGCCAGUGGCCUUUCCAGUCUGGCGAUGAUGUAACGUUGGGGACCGCUGAGCGUCGCCCUGACACCUCGAACUGUUGACUUUCAGUGUAGUAUUGUACCAUCAUACAUCAUUGUGCUGCAUUUCAUGGCACGUCCAUCAUGUCGAUUGAAUACAUGAAAACUCAACCAUACGGUACCAAGCUUGUUGUCGCAAACAACCACACCUGCAUCGGCUCCGGCUCUUGGUAAUAUCCGCGUAGGCUGAGCCCGUUCCUGUCAGCCUUGCACGAUAUCUUGGGAUGAAAGAGCUUGGACAAUCGUCAUCUACUCCCUAUCGUAUGACAUGACGGGCUGGUCGACGACAGCAUGGUCGCAGCAACGUCCUCCAUAGGCUCCGACCUAUUCGCCAUCUUCUCCCUCUUCGCCGUCGCCAUCCUGGUGUUCCUCGCCAUUCGCAACUAUCUGCCUCUCAGAAAGACACCAGCGUACCUUUUCGUGCCAGUCUUCCUGGCUCUUGCGCUUCCGUGCAGCAUCAUACUCCUGGUUCCUAUCGAUCUUGCGUCGACCGAUGACCGCUCGACAGAGCACUCUCGAGGCAUAUGGCUUCCACCCCAUGUUGUGCUGGUUACCUGGCGCAUCACCUACUGGCUGACAUUUGUCCUCACCUGGUUCAUACUGCCCUUCCUCGGCGAAUACUGCGACUCGGGAUACCGUGAUGCCAAGGACCGCUCGAUGUACUCACUGCGGAUGAAUGCUCGCUACCAAUUGAUCGGAUUGACAAUCGGCAUCGCUGGUCUCGUGUACUUUAUCUGGGAGAAUGGCUUCCACGUCGCCAGUAUCAAGGGCCUCGUAAUAGCAUUAGCUUACAGCUAUGGUCUGAUACUUGCCAUGGGAUUGAUGGGUCACGGUCUGGUCUCCCUUCCCCGCAGACUGUACAAAAACGCUUGGGUCGGAUCAAGAUUGCGAAAUGCAGGAUUCCAGGCGUUGAAGAUCAGGGACAAAUUGGAUGAGGUGACAGAGCCUCUGGAGAAUCUCGAACAAGUCGUAUCGCAAUUGAAGCGACACAAAGGUGGCGCCAGUCUAUAUCAACAAGAGUGGAUUGAUGAGCUCGCCGAUACUUCAAGCUUCGUUGAGCAUCGCUCAGGAACUGCGCUUGGUUCAACGAGCAAUCCGACCAUUCCAGGUGUCAUUACUGAUCGCUAUCUCGCAGAUCUAACUCGAAAGCUGAAGCGGGCAAGACACAAAAAGGCUCGAUUUGUUGUGGAGUGGAACAAUUUGUGUGACAAGGCUCACAAAUUGCAAUCGAUUCAAGAUGCAGCAAAGAAUAAAAAGUUGGAAUUCAAUCCCUCUGGAAGUCGCACCUUCUUCAGUGGCCUCAGCCUCAUGACACCAUCGAUGCGUUUCUACUUCCACAUGUAUGCUAUACCGUGCGCACGCAUCGCUGUCGCCGGAAUUUUCGCGCUCGCGUCCGUGAUGGUCAUCUGGAGCGAAAUUGUGACACCAUUUCUGCCGAAGAUUUCGGUGAUUGGAUUGACCAUCGUCCACUUCCCCAACUCGGCUCCUGGCGGUAAGGUCGGGUUCGCCGGUCAACUCAUUGCCGGCGCUUGGCUACUGUACAUGGACAUCAGCACCCUAUAUGCCAUAUCAGACGUCAAGGUCUGGGGAAACCGCGCGCUGGUGAAACGACAAACGUACGCUGAGAGCGCUUGUUGGUACAGCUUGCAGGUAGCCAAGCUGACAGUGCCGUUGUCUUUCAAUUUCAUCACUCUGCUUCCAAGUGCGGUCUACCAGGAUACGAACUUUUUCAAGUUUCUCGGUCAACUCAUUGACUUGACACCGCUGGGUAAAGGCUUCAGCACAUUCUUCCCAUGCAUAUUGCUUCUUCCAGUGAUGGCCACCACAUUCAACAUCUACGGCAAGAUUCAAGCGUAUCUUGGUGUUGGCCUACUCGAAGACGAGAGCGAAGACGAGCGCGGCCUUGGUAGCUGGCGCGAAGGACUGAGAUUAUUGUCGCAGGAUCAUCAGUCUCGCGACUUUGACGGAUAUGCAGAUCAACCAGACAGGACGAGCGCUUCCUUCGACCUCGAGCGUGCUCCAAGAACUUCUCUUGGCUCAUCUCGGCUGCAGCAGGAGGCGAGUCGGUCUAUAGCUCCCGGUUCGAGCGUCCGAGACGCGAACAGGAACUUCAAUGCCAUCACCAAUCAGCAAGAAGACGAAGACGAUGGCCCGAGACAUUUCUACCAUGAUUUCGCAGAGAGGUUUCGAAAUACAAUCGACACGAUAGAGACUCCAGCUUGGGCCAAAAACCUGGGAGUCGGCUUCACCGCGCCCAAAUGGAUGCAGCGCGACUCAUCGGGAGGCGAGGGCAAUUCUGCUGGCUUAUCAAGAUGGUUUGGUGGACGGCCAGAGGAUGGCAGAGUUCGCCUGUGAAAUCAUGUAGCAUAUGUUCGCAAAUUUCAUGCAAUCUUCUUGAACAGUUUUCACGUGAAGAGUUUCGCGGAAGUUACGGUGACUCCGUAUCGUGGGCAGCAUGCUCAUUCCUGUGGCUCAUGGAACGUGUGGAAACAAAACAUCCGAGUGCCUAGAUGGUGCGUACGCAGGCUCUCCGCUUACCUUUGUCAAUCUGAACCUGUCUUGUCCGCAACCUUGGAAAGCCGUGAGAUAAUGUGAAGUACAUGUCGUCAACGAAUGCGCGUUGCAGGUGGAUUAGGGUCGGCGUAGGCUUGUCAAUAGCCUUACAUCGGAAGGACUGCCCGCAAAGCCGGGGGGGAGGUGCGGUGCGGCGCCUCCAGCCGCAACCCCCGCA